AUGCCUGCAUUUUGGGUAUUGCAUAGCAAUACAACGUCAACUUCCCAGAACCUUACGCCCCCGCCUCUUCGCCCCCGCAACAGACCCAACCCGUUCUCCGAGAACCGUAAGUAUGCCAAGUACAAGGACAUGAACUGCAACGAGAUCUACGAAACAUACGGUAAAUUAUUUGGCGACACUGGAGAUUCGACAAAGUAUGCGUUGUCACCGUCUAAGCUAUCUCAGCGGGGUUUCGACUUGGACACAGAUAGUGAUAGGGAUGAUCGAAUAGACAAGUUUCCCUCAAACGCAGAAGGAACGGAUUCCAGCGACGGCCCUGUCGAGGUCGGAGGUAGCUCAUCGAUGAACAUCUCCGGGAAGCAUAGUGGGGACAAAAGAAAAUUCAAACGCGGUAACGAGUUCGGGAAGAAAAAAAAAUGGUACCAGAGAGGUUUCAGCUUCGCUGGAGCAAUUGGCGACCGUUGGAAAUGA